AUGGUCGCGGCAUUAUCCAAAGUGGGAGUGGACGUGGGCGGAUGUUCAGUGGAUGACGAACAGUUGUCUACGCUUUAUAGAAAGAACACUAAUCCUUCCAAGGCGCAAAAACAAAACAAUCAAAUCCUUGCUGACGAAAUUGAAGAUAUCGAAGCAAGAAACGGCCGAUUGAGAGUACUUCGAAAGCUACCGAACAAAAGGCCUCCGGCCAAUUUUACUCUUCAAAUUCCGCCCUUGCAGCGUGAACCUGCGAGAGAUGGCCCUGUCAAUCGCGCCGUUGGAACCCAAGAUAUGCGGGAUGAUGAUGCUCACCCCACCCAAGAAGAAGAAGCGGCCAACAUCUUGAAGAAGUGGUGCAAAACUGACCCCUUUGGCGACGCAGACGAUUCCACGGCUCCCAUGGCUGAAGUUACAGGCGUCAAUAUAGGUUCUCGUACUUCUGGAACACGUUCACCUCAAUCUUCCCAACCACAAAGUCCCCAUACUCGCAACAGUCUUUCACUUGGUAUUUUACCUCGAGCCGGUGUCAAUUCCCAGCCUGGUAGUCCCAAAACCGGAACACGUUCACCCCAAUCUUCCCGAUCGCAAAGUCCCCAUACUCGCAAAACUCUUGAUUCAUGUAGUAGUUCACCUCGAGCCGGUGUCAAUUCCCAGCCUGGUAGUCCCAAAAAUCUUACUUUCCUUCACGCUGCUUCCGGUUCCUCGUCUGACGAGGAAGACAACCUUCUUGGUCCAAUUUUGGACCAUCGCCUACAGCCGCGGGAUAAAAUUUCUCGUCGUGUAUCCAAAACUCGUCGGGCUUCCACCUUUAAAACCGCAGGUCGUUCUCAGAAACAAAAGCUCCUUCGCAUACUUUCAGAAGCACAACCAAUUCGAGAUGACUCCGAUUCCGACAACAAACAUCCAGCCGUGCAUUCUCGUAACCCUCGCCGUAAAUCAAACGCCUUGCAAACAGCCCCCUCAGACCCGGAGAAUACAUCUGAGGAUGACAAUCUAACUGCUACCGCCAGUCAAGGUCGAGGACGAGGGCGUGGGCGUGGGCGUGCCCAAGGGUCAGGCAGUGUUCAGACUGACAGAGCCAAUGUGGCUGCACCGCAAAGCUUGAAAUCAUCACGUGUCAAGAUUACCCCGCGACUAGGCAAUCAGCUACAGCUACGAGUUUCUUCCCCCAAAAAAUCAGCUCCACCUUCCAGGCACGUUGCACUCCAGUCCACCAGUCAAAGAAAAAAGAAAAUCGUUAUGGAUUCAGAUGAAGAGCAUCACCCUGACAAUCCGCGGGAUGAUGACUGGACACCAGACCCCAACAUGGAAGCUUCGGACGACAACGACAAAGAUAUGCAUCAGCAAAGUAGCCAUGAACGCGAACAAGUUUCUUCAAAAUCAAAGAAAUCCAAUCGACCAACGACUCUAAAUCAAACUAACCGCCUAGAUUCAACUAGAGACUUGAGUGGUGAUACAUCAAAUACCAGACGGAAGGGUAAAGGUCGGGCGAUCAAUCAAGAUAUGAUUUCGGAUGAAAACAAAGAAGAUUUACUUGCCAAGGAGCUAGAAGACAAUAUAAUGAAUAGAUGGAACGACAAUAACCUCCUUGGAGAUGAAUCACCCGCGGCUGGGCCAGAAUCACCACUCCAAACGGGCUUAUCAGAUCUGGCUGAUGAUCUACCACCAUCAGCGGAGUUCGCAUCUCACACCAGACAAGAGCUCAAUAUCUUACGGAAACACGUCUCUGUUGUGAGCGCCAACACCUCCACGAAUUCUGCGGACAUUCGGCGGAUGAAUGCAAAGAUGGACAUGUUGUUUGACCUCGUGAAGCGUGCUCUAUCAAAGGAUAAGCCAAGGAGCGAGGACAAUCGAGGUAGUCAAAUAGCUGGUUCACCAUGUGCGAGAACUACUCCACAAAGAAGAUACAUCGGGAAGCUCGUCCGCGUUCUCCUAGGCUGGAAACCAGAUCACGUGGACAUCCCGCAUGGUGCUUCACCCGCCGAGAAACGUAACUGGAAUACCCAUCUCACCAUGCAGGGGUUACUUGCCAAUGGGCCGUCCAAUCUACAAGACAGUGACAACACCACCUUCACAAGCGGACUCGCGGACCAGGAUGAGAGCCCUGGUACGAUCAAAAUCAUUCGUGAUACGUUGUAUCAAGCUGGUGUUGCGAAAUAUCGACCGGAAUGGUCAGAACCCAUGGGUUUGGCCAAUAAUGCCCACCUCUGUCGGGUUGCCACUGUCAUAUUCAUCAAGCUUGUUCGAGAAGGACGAAGUCAGUUUGUAAUGGCCCGGCCCAAUCUGUGGACCCUCACUCAAGUCGUCCAGGCUUGCUGUAGUGAUGAUGAAACCAACUCCGAGGCUGAUCAGCAUGAAGAUAGAAAGAUGUGCAAAAUUUGGCGCUUACCUUGGCGAAAUCCCCAACUUGAGAAAAUCUUCGACGACAUAGAUGCCGCCCGAGAAAGACAAAAUCCUGCCAAGGGUUCCCCCGGAACUCAACCAAGAGUACGCCAACAUAAUGCAAACUACCCUGUCAGCAAAAGAGGACCUCCCAAGGGCCUCAACGUCGAUUGCUAUUGUCCCGUGUGGUUGGACGCAGUUGUUGGUCGGCGCGAACUGUUGAAGGUAGUUGAGCAACCUAUCUUGGCUGCUGUUAAGAAAAACCUUGCUAGGUGUAUCGCACUCAAUAUAUAA